AUGCUUGGCUUUGAAGAUACAUACCAUAUGGUGUCUUGUGCCACAGAAAACAAGAGUGACUGUGACAUUUGGCUUGAUGCUCUUCUUGCGAAAUAUGAAGGUAUCGGUACAUUUGAGAAGAAAGAUUGGGAUGCUCUACUCGGCCAUUGCCAGGCUACAACUGAUGCUCCUGGGUGUGCGUUUGUUCCCGAGCUUGUGGCAGCUUAUCCAGAGGCCAAGGUGGUGUUGAACAAGAGGGACAUGGAGAAAUGGUAUAACUCUGUUCUUGAUACCGUAUACAAGGCCUAUAUAGCUAGCAAGGCGAUGGGUGUUGAUGAGCCACGUUUCAAAAUGCUGGGCAAGAUCUGGGAGCAUAUGUUCGGAGACGACUUCCACAAAAACGGAAAGGAUGUCUGGGUGAAACACUACCAGAUGGUUCGUGAUUUAGUGCCGGCUGAUAAUUUGCUCGAAUUUGAGGCCAAAGAUGGAUGGGAACCGCUUUGCAAGUUUUUGGAAGUGCCUGUGCCUGAUGUCCCAUACCCAAGGGUGAAUGACACGAGCAACUUCUGGGAAAGGUAUGAGAAGGGAACUGGUGCUAGCCUGGAGAAAGUCAACGAGCUCGUCGCUAAGGCUGGUUACGCGGAGCGUAAGGUAUGUACUUACGCUAUCAAGCCGCCUGCACAGAGCUCGCCGCCUAGCUUUGCGGUUGAAAUGAUUGCUUCUCCUACUCCUGCGCCACUGUACCUACCUCCCUGCAUCGCUAUCGACAUCGGGUAUCAAGGCUCGGGCCAGGAGCCUUUAGUGUAA